CUCUGCCGGCCUUCGCCGCCGCCGCUGAGAGGAGUCGUCGCCGGGCCUCGUCGCGCAGCGGCCACCGAACCGCCCAGGCCCCGUUCCCGGACGCCGCUGCCUCGAGCUGGGGCAGCCGCCGCCCCCCUCAGGUGUGAAUGACCGAGGAGGUGCCCCCGGCCGCACUCAGUGAGAUCAGCCUCCGCCUCUUGUGCCAUGAUGACAUAGACACGGUCAAGCAGCUCUGCGGCGACUGGUUCCCCAUAGAGUACCCUGACUCGUGGUAUCGGGACAUCACUUCCAACAAGAAGUUUUUCUCCUUGGCGGCCACUUACCGGGGCAUCAUUGUGGGAAUGAUAGUGGCCGAGAUCAAGAGUCGGACAAAAGUGCACAAGGAGGAUGGUGAUAUUUUAGCUUCCAGCUUUCCUGUGGAUACUCAGGUCGCCUACAUUUUAAGCCUGGGCGUGGUCAAAGAAUUCCGGAAGCAUGGCAUAGGCUCGCUCUUGCUGGAAAGCUUGAAAGACCACAUCUCCACCACUGCCCAAGACCACUGCAAGGCCAUCUACUUGCACGUCCUCACCACGAACCACCCUGCCAUCAGUUUCUACGAGAACCGGGACUUCAAGCAGCACCACUACCUGCCCUCUUACUACUCCAUCCGGGGCGUCCUGAAAGAUGGCUUCACCUACGUGCUUUACCUCAACGGCGGGCACCCUCCCUGGACCAUCUUUGAUUACCUUCAGCACCUCGGAUCAGCCCUGGCCCAUCUGAGCCCCUGCACCAUUCCCCAGCGGAUCUACCGCCAAGCCCAGAGCCUUCUCUGCAGCCUCUUGCCGUGGUCGAGCAUCUCAGCCAAGAGCGGCAUCGAGUACAGCCGGACCAUGUGAUGCGAAGGACCUUCUGGCGUUUGCUGGAGUUGUGCAGCGGUGAGGAAGCGGCCGGUGGCUCCGCAUGUGGACUGACCUGACCUCUGGCGGCAGCCCUUCCCGUUCUGCUGGGCUCCCAGUCCCCCACCUCGGCCUGGCACUUAAGGGAGACGUUCCAGGGUGGGAGUCGUGGCCGUUUGCUCCUCCGGAGCCGCGGGGGAGAUGGGCUCUGGGAGCCCGCCUGGAGUGGCAGGCGAAAGGAAGGAGACAGGACAAACGUGGAGGGGGAUGGUUUUGGCGGCGCGGCUCUGAGGCCUGCUCUGAGACUUCCUCCCGCUGAGAGGCCCCGGCUGUGAGCGCCCCUCCGCCCUGCAGCCACGGGACUCGCCGGCCUGGUUGGGCCUUUGCAGCGAGCAGCGGGAGACGGGGAAGGCACGGGGAAUGAAUCUGCUGUUUCAUAGUGAAAUGUGUGUAUAUAAUUCCGUAUACGCGGUGUAUAUAUCCUUCGGCCUCCGCCGG